ACUUUAUACUAAGUCUGGGCGGCAGGCAUUUUGGUUUAUCCCUGCUUUUGAUUGCUUGACCUGUGUUGACUGGAAUUGUGCAUUUUGGUUGUGAAUUGAAGCACUCUUCCAGAACUGAAAACACUCUGUGUUAUAGAGCGACCAAUUAUUACCUUUUGAACGAAUCUGUACGUGAUCUAUCCAGACAGGAUAGAAUAACAUUUAUUUGUGGUGAUUGUUUAGAUUUGAUCAAUUGAACAAUUAUUGGUUGGAUAGCUGAGUGGUUAUAUUUGUUUAGGUAAUAAUGUACACUUAAAUUUAUGAUAAAUUAUAGAACCGUCAUCUUACCCAAUUACUUUGUUUUGGUUUCAAUCUGGCGAGGGCGCGUAUCUAACUCAUCCAGACAGCUGUCCUUCACUCCAAACCGUAGUUUGGAUCCCACAGUAGUAAACAAAUAAUUUGGUCGAAUUCGUUUGGGUUUCGUUUCGCUGAUUUAAAUCAUUUCUCUGGGAAUAUUUGGUCGUUCGCUUGCGAUGCCGAACAAUCGUCGAAGGCAAUAAAGUCAUAGGCUCGUGGAAGCUAAAAAGGAUGAACAAAGAUGGAUCCCCUCAGUCAAGGCAAGUGCCUUAUGAUGCUUCUAUUUGUCAUGGUUCAUAUUCUAAUAGAGGCGAUUGUAAUUAUAGUGAAUAUAGUUGUGAUAUAAUGGCAGUUUUCAUAGAAAACCUUACUUUAGACGUAAAGGAAGCGAAAAGCGCGAUGACACGGCGCCUUUCGUAGGUCCAGAGUUUCCAAAGGUUGAGUUAAGUUAUUUCGACGGUCAACCUAGAGGUUAUUGGAGGUUUUUAAGGGAGUUUGAGACCUAUGUGGAAUCAAGGGUCAAGGAUGAUAGUCAACGCUUGCUUUAUUUGAUACAUUAUUGUAAGGGUAAAGCGAAAACAGCCAUUGAGGGUUGUAUUAUGUUGGAAGCUUCUUCUGGUUACAAGAAGGCCAAAGAAAUUCUAAAACGGUUAUUCGGACAGGCGCAUGUAAUCGCUCGAGAGACACUAGAAGACUUAUUCAAUGCCGUGAAUUUUGAUUAUACUGACGGAGAGCAACUAACAAACUUGGCUAUUAAAAUGGAAAACUGUGCUAUGAUCUUGGAACAGAUGAAUUAUGUCUCUGAUCUAAAUUCCUUAGUUACCUUGGAAAGAAUAGUGAGACUCUUGCCUCAGCCUAUGCAAACCCAGUGGGCGGACUGGGUGGAUGAAUUGACUGAAGAUAACUGGGAACCGACCUUUGGCGAGCUCACUCAGUUUAUCGCAUCGCGUGCGAGAGUGGCUUGUAGUAGAUUUGGACGGUUAGCAAAUCGUUCAAGAAAAGGACAUAACGUAAAGACGAACUGUCACGUGCAAUCGGAGCAAAGGAAUAGUUCGACAACGAAAACUAAAUGCAGUAUGUGUUCCUACGACCAUGCCAUUGAUAAAUGUCCACAGUUCUUAGCGCUUACAGUUCAAGACCGAUGGUCUCACGCUAAAAGCAAGGGUAUCUGUUUCGUCUGUCUUAGACAAGGACAUAAGGUUAAUGAAUGUAAGCUGACAAAGCGUUGUAACGUUGAUGGUUGUGAAAAAACACCAUUCUUUGUUGCACAACAAAAGUGAUAAACCUGGUAUCUCGAAUUGUUGCGGAUAUACUAAAUCACUAAUCAGUCAAGUGUGUUUAGGCAUGAUUCCCGUACGGUUGAAAUCGCGAAAAGCCGAGAUUGUGGGUUAUGCUCUGUUGGACAACGGUUCUGAUGUGACACUGAUAAAAUCAAACUGUUUGAGGUCUCUCGGGUUGAACGAAGACCAAGAAUCAGUGGUAGUUGAGACUGUGGGCGGUAAUAGAACAUAGUUAAGUGGCCGCAUUUAAGUGAUGUGCCAAUAGAUAGCCUAGACUCUGAAGACGUUUUACUGUUGAUUGGUUGCGACGUACCAGAAGCACAUUGGGUGUUAGACCAACGUUUGGGUGGAAGGAAGAACCCGUACGCUGUGAAAACGUUGCUGGGGUGGACGGUUUUCGGACCUGCGUCGUAUUCGGAAUAUAGGAAAAGAGUUGUUAAUCAUACCAGUAAAUUACAGACUUUGGAGAACGAAAUACGUAAACUUUAUGAUGUAGAGUUUUCUGAUGUUUAUUCAAAUGAUAAAUCAGUAUCACUAGAAGAUAAGGCGGCUAUAAGGAUUGUGGAAGGGGGCACACGCUUCGAAAAUGGUCAUUUUGUAGUUCCUAUACCAUGGAAAGUGAACCCAAAUAUGAAAGGGGGGAAUUAUGAAGUGGCAAGCAGUAGACUACAGAGUUUGAAGCGUAGAUUGUUGAAAGAUGACAUUCUGUAUAUCAAGUAUACAAAAGGUAUUGAAAGUAAUUUUAUUAAGGGCUAUGCGGAGAAGAUCCCUGAAAUACAAUUGCAACCUAGUUAUCGCCCCCGUUGGUACUUGCCUCACCAUGCAGUUAUAAACCCGAAAAAGCCAGAAAAACUGAGAGUGGUCCUUGACUGUGCCGCCAAGUUUGCGGGUGUUUCUCUAAAUGAUAUGAUUUAUCAAGGACCCGACACAACUGCUGAGUUAGUGUGUAUAUUAUUGCGUUUUUGCAAAGAAGUAAUCGCAGUCUCUGCGGAUGUUGAAGAAAUGUUCAUGCAAGUGAAGGUACCUGAGUCUGAUCGAGGAGCUUUAAGAUUUCUGUGGUGGCAGGAGGGAGACAUGUCGAGAGAACCACCCGAGUUUCAAAUGACAUCUCAUCCAUUUGGUGCCAUAUCAUCUCCGUUUUGCGCGAAUUUUGCCUUGAAUAAGACGGCCCAAAUAUUCUCUGAUGGUUAUGAUGGUUAUGUCGUAGAUGCUGUUAAGAAUAAUUUCUAUGUUGAUGAUUGCUUGAUAUCUUUUUCCACUUGUGAUCAAGCAAAGAGUUUCGUUAAGCAGAUAAGUGAAUUAUUAUGUAGAGGUUCCAAACUAAAGAAAUGGGUUACCAACUCGGAGGAGGUAAGGACCAUCGGCUGCAAUUAAACGCAACUCAAUUUCGUAAAUGUGCCCUUCAGCUUAGCAACCAAUCAGAAUGAGGCGGGAAUUACUGCAUGCGCCAUCUUUGUAAGCAAUGGCGGUCGGCUUUCUUCGUUCUGUGCUUCUUUCAGCUAAUUCUUUUGUGUAGCUAUGUAAUUUAAUGUCUCUGUACUAAAAUGCCGCAUUUAGUGUAAUGUUCUAUAUGUUGGUGUGAAGUUUAUUUCGAAUCAGCGAUGUUUUCUGAGUUUUUGCUACUUCUACUCAAGUCAAUGUAUUUCUUCGGGCAAUCUGGCUAGUCUUGUGUUAUAAAAUGUCCGCCGGCUUUCUUCGUUCUCUGUUUUUUUCCGCUAUUUCUUUUGUGUAGCUACAGAAUUUGAUGUUUCAGUGUGCUAAAAUCCAGAGUUAAUGUAAUACUCUGAACGUUGGAGCAAAGUUUUUCCUGAUUUUGCUUUGUUUUCUGGGUUUUACCUGCUGCUAAUGAAGUCACUGUAUUUAUUCAGCUAAGCUGGCUAGUACUAACAUAAGACCUUACGUUUUCAAACGACAGUCGGUUAUGUUUUACAUUGUUUUCUAGAUAUCCGAAGCCGAAGUUCGUUUUCAUUUAGCUAAAAUAAUUGUUGCUGCCGCCUGUGACUCUAACUGUUCGUAUGUUCGUUCCUAGCUGUCCUUUAGGAUUUUAUCGGCAAAAUGAAAGGAAACAAUCUGCGGUUUUUAAUUUUCUUCAGUAUAAUGGACAACACUGUCCCACCAACGAGUCAAACUAAUACAGAGUGCCCAGCAGUAGCGUAUAUCGGUAUUGAUUUCGAAAGGACCCAGACUUCCGACAACUAUAGAUGAAGUCACAGAUGCUACCAAUCUAUUGCAGAGGGUUUCUUAUGAAAAAUAUGCCAUAUAGCAGUAAUGGAGGGGUUGUACUCAUUACUCAGUGCGUUAAAGCAAGCUUAACAUUGAAAAGUCGGAAAUCUGCUACCAGUGUCUUGUGUAUGUUUGCUGUUUUGGCCAUAAAAGGAAGCCGAAGGGUCAUGAUCAGGGAGUAAAAAGAUUAUAUUUCACCACUCGCAAAUUUGUGUUUUCUUACGGUAUGAUGUCAACUGGUACCUAAUAUGUUCACCCUUAUGAUGAAAAGUACCUGCAAAUUUUCACCUUCAUAUUCGAAUUAUUUUUGGACAACUGUCUUACAGUCUGAGUGCUUCGUACGCCCUGGGAGACUAGAUUCCUACAUUAUUCGUAGUUCCAGUAUAACUUUCUCACGCAGUAAGUUCAAAUUAGACACUAGUCUUUCUAAAUAAGCCUUUUAAGCUAAUAUCCGUAUUCUCUAUUUCAAUUAAUCGAUGAAGACAUGUACCACGUGUAUCUGCUGUAUACUGCCAUUUUACUCUAAUUCUAACUGUUAUAUCUUACUUUUGAAUAAUAAAAUUGCUAUAUGCUGCAAA